AUGAAUUAUAUUGUUGGUAUUACCUCAGAUAAGACUCUGAAAAUCAAAGGACACAUUGAUAAGGAAGAAGUUAUCGUGCUAUUUGAUAUUGGGGCGUCGCAUAACUUCAUCUCACAUGAGUUGGUGCGUAGAUUGGGUAUAUUGGUUGAAAGGGAAAAGACUUUUGGAGUAAUGGUGGGUAACAAGGUGACAGUAAGAGGGGAAGGGAUAUGUAUACGAAUAAAAAUGGAGAUACAAAGAGUUAUGGUGCAACAAGAUUAUUUUCCUUUUGAUUUAGGAGGAGUAGAUGUGGUAUUAGGAGUAUCCUGGUUGAGUUCACUUGGGGACAUGUGUGCGAAUUGGAAGAAUUUAACCAUGGCUUUUGAGGUAGAAAGGAGACAUGUGAUGUUACAGGGGGACCCCUCACAGAUGGCUUAUGGUUUUGAUGAUGAAGUUUUAUUUGGAGUAUGGAACAUUGGAACUGAAGUUGCAGAGAAGGAAAAGAUAGAAAUGUUGGAUAUGUAUUUGCAAAGAGAGUGA